CUUCUGCCACAGGAGUAGGACCAUAGGAGUAGGACCAAGGGUUGAUCGGUAGCUCCUGUAGCUCUCUGGGCUGUUUCUUUGAAGCUUUCCCUGCCCGGCCUCCCCAUGUGUAUUCAGCAUUGUUCCACGUUUAUCGGGGUGUCCCUGUACCCCUUGUGCGCCAUCAGCAUCAUCUGUAAUAUCCUAUUGUUCUUCCCGGGAUGGAGUGUGGAGGCCAUCAACAACCCAGCCUUUAAAAUGACCCCAGAGGUUCUUUAUCUUGGGGGUAUGUUGGGCAGUGGAGUUAUGGUCCUGAUUCCUGCAAUCUACGUUCACUGCAUCGGGAAACCUGGAAAAUGCAGCAACCGCUGUGGGAUGUUCCUCUCUAUCAUUUUCGCCGCUUUGGGGGUGUGUGGGGCUCUCUAUGGUCUUGUUGUCUCUGCCCUGGGUCUGGCCAAUGGGCCUCGCUGUCAGUACCUGUUUAUAAGUGGACGGGUGGCAUGGACAAUCCCUUUCAAAUUGCCUUUGGAAUUUUUGAACAUCGACAGGAGUUACCUCUUCAACAGAAGCGCCUGGGAUCGGUGCGUCCAACCGGCCGGGGUGGUUGAAUUUAACGUCAUUUUCUUUUCCACAAUCCUGGCCUCGAGCUGCAUCCAGUUAGUGCUGUGUUCCAUUCAGAUGCUGAACGGGCUGUUUGGCUGCAUCUUCGGCACGUGCUCCCGGAAAUAGUAACAGAGCCACGAUCCAAUCUAUAUUCAAAUUCUAUCUUCAAAAUCCUGAUAAGUGACCCGGGGCGGGGGCUUCACAUUGGGAAGAAUAAGCAGAAACCUAUCAUCCCCCCCAGGGGUCCAACGGAGCGGAGAGGAUUCUGCCAGUCCCGCUAUUGUGCAUUCCUUGCCGGAAGCCAUUCCCAACAGAGAGGAUUAUGGGAGCUCUGUCUUGCACACAUAACUAACAUCAAGCCAUUCCAAGCAGAGAGGCUUAUGGGAAUGACACCCCCACAAAAGCCAUAUCUAGGGGACACUUUUCCUUUAAAUUCUGUCCUGUGUGUGAUGCUGAGAAAUGUACUUAAAUCAAAUGCUAAAAUAAACUUUAUUUUGACCUCA